AUGAAAGGAAAGGAGUGGCAUGCUGCGUUUGUUCCAAAAGACGCACCCCAGGAAACCGAAGGGAUUCCGGCAGUGACGCUGCAGGCAGGGGAACAAUGGUUGGACGUCUAUAGAGCCGCUGCCGAAGAAGGUGUUAUUGUUGUUGGCGGUUCGGCUCAAACCGUCGGAGCCGCCGGAGGAUACCUUACCGGCGGAGGCCAUAGUGCUUUUUCUCAUUUUUAUGGCCUUGCUGUGGAUAACUUGCUGGAGGUUAAUCUUGUCGAUGCAAAAGGUGAACGUAGAACUCUCAACCAAUAUACUGACCCGGAAUAUUUCUAUGCGCUUCGAGGAGGAGGUGGCUGCGCCUGGGGUAUUAUCACAUCCGUCACAUAUAAAACCCACCCAAACCCAUCACAUAUCCAGGUUGGUUUCCUUCAAUUCAACGUCACUAACAACUCGACCUUGCGCGCCGUUCUCGAAAAGUCCCUUCGAGGGCUUGUAAGUGUCACCGACGCGGGAUAUACUGGGUACGGUAUCAUAAACACCAGUGAUGAGCCCCUUGGGUUCAAUGCAAUCUUCAUUCAGCCCAAUGGAACUAAUGCCACUUUUAACACGGCCUUUAAACCGUAUUAUGACAUUUCAACGAUGCAAGGAGUUUCUGGUCUUGUCGCAAACGCUGAAUUCCCGAGCUGGAUUGAGUACUCCAAGUACUUCCUCCGAGACCCAAACAUCGCUACGAACAUUAUUGAGGCAUCAAGGCUCCUAACUCAGGAAGUUUUAUUACACCGCACGGGUGACUUGGUGGACCUGGCUUUUGAAUACCCGUCACCGGGGCCUGGGUUUAGCUUUAUUGGCAAAGUCGAUGCUACUGAACGAGACAACACAGCUGCACAUUCAAUUUGGAAAGAAAGCAGGGCCCUGCUUGGCUGGUCGGCGAACUGGACGGACGAUGCGCCGGUCGACGAAAAGAGAAAGGCGAAACUCGACCUGGUCGAGAUCAGCAGGAGACUCGGCGAAAUAGUAGGCCCAGAGGGCGGAUCAUACGAGCCAGAUUGGAAAAACGUAUUCUGGGGAGACAAAUAUGACCGACUGUUGGCGACUAAGAGGCGAGUAGACCCUACAAACCUGUUUGUUUGCAAUAGGUGCGUGGGUACGGACAUCAUCUUGGAGCCGUGA